UCGAGCAGUAUUUUCGACUGCUCAUGCCUAGGUAGACAUCACCAGUGGAAGACUUCUCACAUGCUUCACUCGGUCUCUCUUUGAGACAUUAUUAACAUGUUAUCCUCCUCGUGCAGCCUCACAGAAAUUCAACGACGGGUAGAUGAAGUUAAGCAGUUUCUGUCCGUGACUCUGAGCAUCGCUAAUGCCCACACUGUGGAGUUUUACACUCAGGACGUGUGGGAAAGGUUCAUGGCGGUGCCACCUCAGGAGGUCCUGUCAGCUGUUGGCGCCCACAGUGACCAGCAGAGGGCGCCAGAGCUCAGCGCAAAAGAGCGAUCCAGGACCACAUUCGGGUUUUGCAGUGAGACAAAGCGUCUGGUUGAUCCCUGUGAGCUGCUGCAGGCGGCCAAGGCCCACGCUCUCCCCGGCCUCGGAGUCUGUCUGAGCCGGGACCAGCUGCUGCAGGUCCUCAGAGGGAGCCGCUCCGAGUGUGACGCUCCACCUGCAGCGACAGAUGCUGAGCUAGAGACGGAUGAGUUUAUGAACUCUAAGAAAUCUCACGAGGUCCAGUCCAUGUCUGAGGUGGUGGCCUGUCUGGCCCAGCGCUGUGCAGUCAAACAGGUGAUAGAUGUGGGUUCGGGGAAGGGCUACCUGAGCUCCUUCCUGUCGCUGCAGUACGGCCUCCGGGUCUACGGCAUCGACUCGUCCAGCACCAACACACACGGAGCCCAGGAGAGGAACAGGAAGCUGAAGAAGUUCUCCAGGGUGUACCAGAAACGAAGGAAGGCAGAUAGAGCACAGAGGGAUGUAGAAAUAAAGCCCGGAGUGGACGGAGAUGAUGGUGUUUCAUGUGCUGAUGGUGCAGGAGUCGUGUCACAGGAGGAGAAGAAGUUGUCAGACAUCACCCAGACGUCAGAAUCAGAGGAGCUCUUCCUCAGCGCUCUAUCAGUGGAUGUGAUGCAGCCUGCACCUCCCAGAGUUCCCCCGAGCCAGCUGAGCGCCGAGGAGAAGGAGAGGAGGAAGAAGGAGAACCUGGAGAGGAAAGCUCAGAGCAGAACCUCCAGCGCCAGCGUCAUGUUUUCACCCCUCACUUCAUACGUUACCGCGGAAACCGAGCUCCGGGAGCUCAUCGACGAGCUGGAGGACGCGGUCAUGGUCGGCCUCCACACGUGUGGCGACUUGGCUCCCAGCACCCUGAGGAUGUUUGUGGCUAAACCGGAGCUGGCCGCAGUCUGCAGCGUGGGCUGCUGCUAUCACCUGCUGUCUGAGGAGUUUGACCCUGACGGACAGGAGUGUGUGAGCGGUGUGUGUGGGUUCCCUCUGAGUCGGUACCUCCGCAGCCAGUCCUGGUUCUGCGGCAGGAACGCCAGGAUGUCGGCGUGUUUGGCACUGGAGAGAGUUUCACACGGCCAAGGGAUUCAGAUGGAGUCUCUGUUUUACCGAGCGGUCCUUCAUGUUAUUCUGAGGGAUCACUACAGCUGCUUUAAAAGUGAGAAGCGAGUUGGGAAUGUCUACUCCAAGGCUAAAUCCUUCGUGGACUAUGUUCGUCGGGCUCUUCGCAGACUGGAACUGGAUGAAUCAAAGCUCUCAGACGGGGACAUCCAGGAUUACCACGACACGUACGCGGCCCGAAAGGACGAGAUGCACGCCUUUAAUAUGCUGAAGGUGACCCUGGCUCCCUGCAUCGAAGGUCUGAUCCUCCUUGAUCGCCUCUGCUACAUGAAAGAACAGGAGGAUUUAUCCUUCUCCGCUGUGGUGCAGCUCUUUGAUCCCCUGCUGUCGCCGAGAUGCUACGCUGUCGUCGGACUGAAGAGUUAUGAAGACAGAAUUUCAUGUUGAUGAACUUAUACAUAUGCACGUGAUUAUGAUACACUGCACGAGAGGUCGUGAUUAUACAUGAUUAAAUCAGCAAUCAUACUGGAAUGAUUGUUUUAUCUGUGUCUUCUCUCGGGCUUGUUUUGAUUAUAUGUAUGAUUUAAUCUAAAUUUUGUGAUUUAUUUAAGCAGCCUCUGCUAAGGCUCUGUAUCACUUUCAGCCACAUCUUGUUCUGUUUUAUAUACUUUACGGUUUUUGAUGAAAAAUAAAUCUUCAGUAUUUUUUAA